UGCGGGAGACCAGAGCCGGCGGCGCACGUGUCACGAACAACUAACCUCAAUAUCAAUAUGUCGAACGUCGAGAUCAAAUAUACUAAGUUGUUCAUCAACAACCAAUGGGUGGAUGCUGUUAGCAAGAAAACUUUUCCUACGAUCAACCCUCAAGAUGAGUCUGUCAUAGUUAAAGUAGCUGAGGGAGAUAAGGCUGACAUAGACAUCGCUGUCCAAGCCGCCAAGAAAGCGUUCCAGCGCUAUACAGAAUGGCGCACCCUUGACGCCUCUCAAAGAGGUCGGCUCCUGUUCAAACUGGCUGACCUAAUGGAAAGAGACGUUACAUACUUAAGUGAGCUGGAGACUUUGGACUGCGGAAAGCCAGUGAAGCAGGCUUAUGGUGAAAUUAUUUGGGCUGCAAGUAUCGUGAGGUACUACGCCGGCAAAGCUGACAAGAUUCUCGGAAACACUAUCCCUGCAGACGGUGAAGUCCUGACAUUCACUCUCAAGGAGCCCGUUGGCGUAUGCGGACAAAUUUUGCCAUGGAACUACCCAAUCCCCAUGUUUAUUUGGAAGAUUGCGCCUGCUUUAGCUGCCGGUUGCACCAUCGUCGUUAAGCCUGCUGAGCAGACUCCUCUUACGGCGUUAGCAAUGGCAGCGUUAGUAAAGGAAGCCGGGUUCCCGCCGGGAGUCGUGAACGUGGUCCCGGGAUACGGGCCGACGGCCGGGGCUGCUCUGACCCACCACCCCGACGUCGACAAAGUUGCAUUUACUGGUUCUACAGAAGUUGGACGUAUCAUCAUGAAAGGAGCAUCCGCAGCGAAUCUUAAGCGGAUCACUUUAGAGCUCGGAGGCAAGAGUCCCCUGGUCGUCUUCAAUGAUGCAGAUGUUGAGAAAGCAGCCGAUAUUGCCCACCGGGCAGCUUUUGCGAACGCUGGUCAAUGCUGCGUAGCCGGUAGCAGGACGUACGUCCAAUCGGGAAUUUAUGACAAAUUCGUCGCGAAAGCUGCUGAAAUAGCGAAGAAAAGGAGCGUAGGUAACCCUUACGAAGAUGUUCAACAGGGUCCUCAGAUUGAUCCGGAAAUGUUUAACAAAGUAAUGGGAUAUAUCGAAGUGGGCAAGAAGUCGGCGCGUUGUGUUGCCGGUGGAAACCGUCACGGUAACAAAGGCUUCUUCAUCGAGCCAACCGUGUUUGCAGAUGUUACUGAUGACAUGAAAAUUUCGAACGAAGAGAUAUUUGGUCCAGUUCAGAGCAUUCACAAAUUCGAGACUUUUGAGGAGGUGGUGGAUCGCGCCAACAACUCCAACUACGGUCUAGGAGCCGGGGUCGUCACCAACGACGUCAAUAUUGCCCUGGCUUUCGUCCGCCACGUGCGAGCCGGCUCCGUGUGGGUCAACACUUAUGAACACGUCACCGCUCAAACACCGUUUGGCGGAUUCAAGGAAUCUGGUAUCGGGCGAGAGUUGGGAGAGGAUGGUAUUUUACAAUACCUCGAAAUCAAGACUGUAACCCUGAGCCUUCCAAAAAAACCUCUUCUGUAAGACCGCGGCGAAAAUGCACUUGGAUAUAAAAUAAUGUUAUCAACACUUUAAUUCUGUUUUAAGUA